AUGUUGUCCCCAUCCAAGACCAAGAAUCUCUUGUCUCCAAACAAAGCCAAGAAAAACAUCCUCCGCAGGCUGUCUACUCCAAACGAGGGACCUACUGGUGCUACUGAAGAGGAACGUGUCAUGUCUUCGUCUCAUGGUAAUAAUAAUUCUCAAUCCGAAAGCACGGUGUUGAAGGCACUGGAGGAAUAUUGCGAAAAAGCCAACCUGCCAUUUUCCAAAGAGACAAUUUAUCGCUUUGCCGCCUUUCACAAAUUUCAUUUAGCCAUCACCAAAGAAGCUUUGAUAGAAAACGCAGACAAUCAUCAUUUGAAUCUCGAAAUGAAGGGAUUCUUGCAUCGACAGUUUUCUACACGAACCGUCUUUCCUCUGAGUGGGUUGCAAACUCGCAAAGACAAGCUGGACAUCUGUUACAUCCAAGCUUCUCGAUUUCCUGGUCCGGACAAUGAUAACUCCGGCAACCAUGCGAUUAGGGUCCUCCAGUCGCUCUGCUAUGUGUUGAACGAUCUAAGCGUUACCAAAGAACAGUGCAAAAAGGGAGUGGCGGUCAUUAUCAAUAUGAAGCGCUGCGAAGAAGCCAAAUUCUCCAUGGACUUUUGGACCCAACUCAUGUUGACCUUGCAAGGGAGUCUGGUGCCAACCACGGUCAAUCUGGUCCUUUUGGUGGACGGCCCCAAGUGGUUCCAUAGUAAAAUUUGGAAGACUCAGACCAAACCAAUGUUGGUGGAAUCCUUUGCCAAAAAGUGCCGCCUGAUUGAUGGGGAUGCUUUGCUCACGGGCGAGCAUUUGCCCGAAGGCUGUGAAGCCCAUUUGCCGAAUGCCGCCGGGGGUUGGAAAGCAUCCUCCGAAAUAAUAGAAGAUUAUCAGGAUUUGAAAACCUUUCAAGACCAACAACGAGAACAAGGAAAUGCCUUGGUGCAAAACAAUCCAUAA